AUCGUUACGUAUUUCGAAACGAAACUGUAGCAAGUAUAUUAAUCGCAAUUAAGAGAAAUUAUUCGAGUGGUUAAUUUAUUUUGCGAUGCAUUUUGGAGAUAAAUGAAUCGCUUAUGCACAAUUGGAUUACAUUUUCGUGAAAUAAAUAGCCUAUUAAGAGGAAGGACUCAGAAUUUGCGCAGCAGCUGAUGUGUAAAGAUGGCCAAGCUCAUCAAUACAAACAAAUAGUGGUCAGUGAUGUGCUGGUUUUAUAAUUGAUUGCACGUAAAGGGCAAAUGAUAAGGACAUUUAUUUUGUCGCACAUUAAAAGAUGGCUUAUGAUCCACGCAAUCUAAAAUUUCCAUCAGACAUGCACAGCCAUCAGCAUAAUCAGCCUAAUAUGAAUGGAUACACAUAUUCUGGACAUUCGGUACCUCACGUUCAACAAACAGAUGAAAACAGAAAUGAAAAUAAUUGUGGAAAUAAGGAAACGUGUCCACAAAUAUCUCAUCAAUCUUCGGGUACACAGACUAUUCAAAAAGUAGAUGCAGCAACUAUGACUGAUCCAUUGCAAAUAGACUUUAAACUUACUUCUGAGUACUUAGCACGAUGUUCUAGUACGUUAGAUUUACCUUAUGUAACUAAAUAUGAAGAAAAUAGCAAUAAUUCUACACAUAAUUGUCAAGAGAUUCAAUCAGAAAUUGAAUAUGAGGUUGAGCCACAACAUAUCAAUGGUAUGUUAAUCUAUCAUUGUCCAGAGUGUGCAUACAGAUGUGAAGACAGAGAGAUAUUGCAUGAACACUUAGAAGAUCACAGGCAACGACCUCACAUCUGUGAUAUUUGUGGUGCAAGUUUAAAACGCAAGGAGCAUCUAGAUCGUCACAAACAAGGACACAAUAAAGAUAGGCCUUAUCAGUGUAAUAUGUGUCGUAAAGCAUUUAAACGCAAUGAACAUCUUGCACGUCACAUGAUUAUACACUCAGGUAGAAAAAAUCAAGUUUGUACAGAAUGUGGUAAAGCAUUUUACAGAAAGGAUCACUUGAAAAAGCAUUUGCAAAGUCAUAAUAGUAGCAGAGGUAAAAAUUUAAAUAGUUCACAGAACAAUCAAAAUAAUAGUGAUGAAGGAGGAUUAACCAAUUACUUGGAAGUAAUUCAUCCGUUGACGUUUCACGAAAAUGUAGAGCUGAAAGUGCUCAACUUAUCGUACAAUGUUUUGUACGAGCUUCCAAGUUUCACGUCAACCGUAACAACGUUGGACGCAUCGUCAAAUUUGAUCAGUGAUCUGGAUGAAAAUUUCUUGGCAAACAUGCCGAAAAUAAGAAGCAUCAUCUUGAGCGAUAAUCAACUGCAAAGGCUUCCAUCCAAAUUGAAGUCCACAUCGUUGAAGAAUUUAGAUUUACGGCGAAAUAGAUUAGUUGAAGUGUGCAACAAUACGUUUCUCCAGUUACCACAACUUCUGAGGAUUGAUCUGUCAGGAAACCGAUUGACAGAAGCUAUAACUCCAGAAAUCUUUCGAAAUAAUCCUGAUUUGAAUAUCAUAAAAUUAGAGGACAAUCCAUGGCGUUGCGACUGUAUUGACUUAUAUCUGAUGUACAGUUUUCUAACAGAACCACCAGCAAAAACCGUAGAUCAAAGUUUGCUUUGCCAAAGUCCAUCAAACGUGUCCGGUUAUACUUGGCAUACUGCUUGUUUCGACAUAUGGAAUAAAUCUUUGUACUACAAUAAAGAUAGAAGAACCUGGGGAUUCGUGAUGAUCGUACUUCUUACGAUUGUCGUUUUAUUCGGAAGUUUUAUAUCUAUCAGACACAUGAUGAAGAUUAAAAGAAGAGCUAUGGAAGAAAGGCAACAAUUGGAAACUUUGAGACUAUUAAGGCAAAGAAGGAACCAAGUUGCACAACAACAAGAAGAAGAAGAGCACAUUGAACAUGCACCAGAACCGAGAAUCCAUCCCCUCGAGUUAAUUGGACCACCCAGUUACGAAGAAGCGGUACAAAUGCCAAGACUUGCUCGAUCUUUGGACAAUUUGGAUGAAAUUUCGGAGACGACUUCUGUGCGUGUAAUGGGUUCCGCUGAUAACAUAAGAUACAAAUAUAGAAGGACAAGGAGGACGAAAAAGAGAAUUCAGAGUGAGGAUGAUUUACUCAGAAGGGAAGAGCGACGAUACGAAAGACUCAGAAGAGAACGAAACAGCUCCGUCGGUAACAAUGAAAUCGUUUUACCACAAAGUCAAAGAAAUUCUAGAGCUAACACGGCACGUAGAGCCAGGAGGAACAGCGCCAUAAGCGAUUCCAUAGAAACAGGAAGUGGAAGAAUUCGAGCCAAACCGCAAACACCAAGUUCAAGAAAAAGGAGACAAAGAUACACGGUUUACGACGGGCAUUCGACCGAUGAUGAAGACUCAGACGUUCAACCAGUUGGUUCAAGUAGAUCGAUUGUCAUCAGGGAACUUCGAAGGGAACCGAAAAGUGGUUACAGGGAGUCUACGGUAGAACAGGAUUCCUAA